GGCAGCGCAGCAGCAGAUGCCCCGUCCAGCCUUUAAGUCCGCUAAGUCCCUGUAGGCCAAUUAACCGCCAUGAAGACCCAAAUCCCCGCCUACUUGGCCACUUUUUGACCGACGAUGGAGACGAACGCCGCUUCAUCGCUCUAUAACCACACCGUGAAGCGACAGCCCGCCAUCAGCAGUCGACCACUAGUUGGGAAAGAAAGUCAGACGCCUUCCUCCAGAGAUAUGCAUCUAUCGUUUUUCGCGAUUCUAGUUUGAAGUGAGGUCCUUACGGUCGUCCUGAGCUCUGAAGAGAAGGUCUGCACCCGUCGUUGAUCUACUCGGAGUUCCGUGGAGUGUUUCUGCAGGUCGGGGUUGUGCACCAUGGAAACGCACACUGAUGUGCUGCUGAUCACCGCCAAUGUGGGCUCACUGUUUGAUAAUGUGGGCGAGAUUCAGAGUGGAUGGCUGCAGGAGUUCUACGCGACCAUCCAGAGACACAAGCCCCAGUUUAUUGCCCUGCACUUCCAAGAGGUGGGGGGGAAGGACUACAUGCUCAACAUGGGCCAUGCUGAGAACUUCUUUAGGAGUAUCGAGUCCAGCGGGGAGAUGAAGACGUACGACAGGACCUGCAUCUAUGUGGACAACCAGUUCAAAGCGGAGGACAGAUUUACGGCGCUGGGCAGCAUGUACUUCAUCCACGCGUCUCUGAAGGACGUCUACCAGUACGACUUCGCUGUGAAGGAUUUCAAGGUGGUGUCGGGACAGAGCAAGUUUGUGGGCUCCCUGGACGGUGUAGCCACGGUGGAGAAGGAGAAGUUCCCCAAGAACUUCUGGCCUGAUUUCAAGUGGUCGAGGAAGGGAUUCAUGAGGACUCGCUGGCUCAUACACAACCAAGGUCUGGACCUGGUCAACGUCCACCUGUUCCACGAUGCCUCCAACCUAAUCGCCUGCAACUCCAGCCCCUCCGUCUACUCUGACAACCGCAGGACAGCCCUCCGCUAUGUCAUCGACAGGAUAUCCCACAGCGCGGGUUCUACUCUGCCCUUCUUCCUCUUCGGAGACUUUAACUUCCGCCUUGACGCGCUGAGCCUGGUUCAGGACCUCUCCACAGCCACGGACGUGCAGACCGUGACCAAGGACGGCAGCAACGAGGUGGAGAAGAUCAUCUGGGAGGAGAAGGACAACGAUCAUAAGGUGGUGCUGCACAUCGAGACCAAGCUGUUUGACUACCUCCACCAGAGCGUCUUCAGGCAGGACAACGGCCAGGCGCUCCUUAAAUAUGAUAAAGAGGUCGCAGCCUUUCAUGAUGUCAUCAGGGAAGAGGAAAUCCUAUUUCCCCCAAGUUACCCCUACAGUGAGGACUACUCUGAGCCCACCCAGUACAUGACAACCCGCUGCCCCGCCUGGUGCGACCGCGUCCUCCUGUCCCCCGCGGCUCAGCGCCUCCUCCACAGGAGCGAUGAUGAAGGGGACAUGGGCGUGGUCUACAACACCCUGGGUCCUAACAUCUGCAUGGGCGAUCAUAAGCCUGUUUUCCUUUUCUUCUCCCUGAAGACAAACUGCUUCUGACCCGCACCCCUUUAAAUGGCCCGCGGGGGAGGAGUCACCAGCCCAGCAGUCUGCUCGGGGCCACGUCUUGCGGGGGAGGGGGGGGGGGGGAAACGCAGACUGGACUGCUGUGGACCCCCGACCGCCUGCACCCUUCAAACCCUCACCUGUCUGUCUGUCUGUCUUCACCUUGUCCCCCAAACCCUCUCCCCUAGCCAUCCGUCUGUCUGUCUUCACCUCAACACUGUAUCUUGCAUGGUGUCUUUUCCACCUGGUCACACACACACACACACACUCACACACAUACACACUGUAGCGGGCCAGUGGGUGUGGGGUUUCCACGCUAUCAGGUUGAAUAGACAAAACACAACACCGAGAGCAGUUCCAAUGGGUAAAUGGUUUAUUUACAGAGUAAAUCAAACCAGGGUUGGAAAAGGGUCAUCCACCUCCUUUAUGCUCCAGUCCGUCCAACACCUCCCCCCCGUCUCUCUCUCUCAGGGCGGUCCAUGCUUCCAGGCAAUCACACAUAUCCUGCCUGUCCUUUGCUAGCCCUAGCUUUGCUAGCCCUCACUUUGCUAGCCCUCGCUUCGCUAGCCUUCCUUCCCUUACCCUUCCAUUCCCUACACGACUGUUUGCUCGCCCUCUUAAGCCCAAGCACCCCUGCUUAACAAUCCCCAGGCUUGCCUUGUUAGAGGGAGGAAGUCCAUAUAUGGCUUGGGGGUGGAGCCAGCCGGGUGCCAGACCUACCACUCCCCUCACUCCUCCCUGGCGUCUGCCACAAUACAUACAUGCAUACAUACAUACAUACAUACAUACAUACAUACAUACAUACAUACAUACGUACGUACAUACAUACAUACAUACAUACAUACAUACAUACAU